UUUUGAGUUCGUUUAGUUCCCUCCCCAGUCUUGUCUUAUUUGUGACGGAAGUAAGACGCAGAUUAUAUUCUACUGUUUAAUGCAUUUUUCUAUCGUUUGUGAAACAUGGGAUUAUUGAAUGCCGAGGAAGAUCCGAAUAAAAUAUGCACCGAACUUGUUUUCUACGUAAAUGGUAAAAAGGUUAUAGAAUCUAGUCCUGAUCCAGAAUGGACAUUAUUAUGGUAUUUGCGAAAGAAACUUCGACUGACGGGCACAAAAUUAGGUUGUGCGGAAGGUGGAUGUGGUGCUUGCACUGUUAUGGUCUCCAAAUAUAACCGACAAGAAAAUAAAAUUAUUCAUCUGGCAGUAAAUGCUUGUCUCGCACCAUUAUGUGCUAUGCACGGUUUGGCUGUGACCACAGUUGAAGGUAUCGGAUCAACCAAAACUAAGCUGCAUCCAGUUCAAGAAAGAAUAGCCAAAGCCCACGGAUCACAGUGCGGUUUCUGUACGCCUGGAAUCGUAAUGUCCAUGUAUACUUUACUGAGAAGCUGUAAAAAUAUUCAAUAUUCUGAUUUGGAGGUCGCGUUUCAAGGUAAUUUAUGUAGGUGUACAGGUUAUCGCGCCAUAAUAGAGGGCUACAAAACGUUUAUCGAAGAUUGGGAGACUCAACGAAUUGUCAAGAAUGGACCACAGAACGGAACUUGUGCGAUGGGGAAAGACUGUUGCAAAAAUAAAUCGGAUAGCUGUGAAGAAGCAGAUAGUGAAUCACAAUAUAUUUUUGACAAGUCGUCGUUCUUACCGUACGAUUCCAGUCAAGAACCAAUUUUUCCACCGGAAUUGAAAUUAUCUUCAAUAUACGAUAGUCAGUACGUAAUAUAUCGUGGAAAACAAACAACGUGGUAUCGGCCAACUAACAUAGAAACAGUUUUAUCGUUGAAAGAUAAGUUCCCGAAUGCAAAAGUGGUAGUGGGAAAUAGUGAAGUUGGUGUUGAAGUUAAAUUCAAACGUUGUGUUUAUCCAAUAAUAAUAAUGCCUAAUUGCGUUCCCGAAUUGAAUACUAUUACUGAAAAUGAGCAUGGUUUAACGGUUGGAGCUUCAGUAACACUCAAUGACAUCGAAAAAACUUUUAGAGAGUAUAUAAAGAAACUACCACCAUACAAAACUAGAGUCUUAACUGCUAUAGUAGAAAUGUUGAAUUGGUUUGCUGGAAAACAAAUCAGAAAUGUUGCUGCCAUUGGCGGGAAUGUAAUGACGGGCAGUCCAAUAUCUGAUUUGAAUCCGAUUUUAAUGUCUCUCAAGGUGAAACUUAAUCUUCUCAGUCAAGAAAACGGCCAUCGUACCGUGCUAAUGGAUGAAACUUUUUUCACUGGGUAUAGAAAGAAUGUCGUCAAAUCAAAUGAAAUAUUACUUUCAAUAGAGAUACCGUUUUCAACCAAAUUUCAAUACCUGAAGGCUAUUAAGCAAGCGAAAAGAAGAGAGGACGAUAUAUCCAUAGUAACUUCAGCUGUUAAUGUUGAAUUCGAAGAGAACACAAAUGUUAUAAAAUAUAUAAAUUUGGCAUUCGGGGGAAUGGCUCCCGUAACAAAGAUUGCAACAAACACUGGAAAUGUGUUAAAAGGGCUUAAAUGGAAUGAAAACAUGUUAGAAAAAGCGUAUUCGUUACUGAUAGAUGAACUGCCAUUAGAUCCAUCGGCACCAGGUGGAAAUAUACAAUUUCGGCGUGCAUUGACUAUGAGUUUGUUUUUAAAGUCGUAUUUGGCUAUUGGAAAAGCAAUGUCAACUGAUUAUUUUUACGGAGAUCUUAUUGAAUCGUACUACGGUAGCGGUGCAGAUAGUUUUCACGGAAAUGUGCCGAAAAGUUCUCAAUACUUUGAAUUGGUCGGAGAAAAACAGCUUAAAAGUGAUGCUGUUGGAAGGCCGAUACAGCAUAUGUCAGCAUACAAGCAAGCUACAGGCGAAGCAAUAUAUUGCGAUGAUAUGCCCAUUGCAGAAGGUGAGCUAUAUUUAGCAUUUGUUUUGAGUUCAAAAGCUCAUGCAAAAUUAAUAUCAGUAGAUGCAAAAAAAGCGCUAGCCGAACCUGGUGUUAUAGCAUUUUAUUCAGCAAAAGACUUAACAAAAGAACAAAAUAGCAUUGGCCCCAUAUUUCACGAUGAAGAAUUGUUUGCAAGAGAUAAAGUGUUGAGUCAAGGUCAAACUAUUGGCGUUAUAGUAGCUGUGGAUCAAGCGACUGCACAAGCUGCUGCAAGAAUGGUUAAAGUUGAAUACGAGGAGAUACAGCCAAUUAUCGUUACUAUAGAAGACGCUAUAAAAUAUAACUCAUUUUAUCCACAAUUCCCUAAAACAAUAAAACGGGGAAAUGUAAAAGCCGUGUUUGACGAUAAAAAUAAUAUUAUAAUAGAAGGACAGUGUCGUAUGGGAGGUCAAGAACAUUUUUAUUUGGAGACUCAUGCUGCGUUUGCUAUUCCAAAGAAAGAAGACGACGAGCUAGAAAUAUUUUGUUCCAGCCAACAUCCCUCAGAGAUCGCAAAACUGGUUAGUCACAUCCUGCACGUACCGAUGAAUAGAAUAGUGGCGAGAGUGAAACGUAUGGGUGGUGGUUUUGGUGGAAAAGAGUCACGGGGUAUGUUAGUGGCAUUACCGGUUGCAUUAGCUGCUCAUAAACUCAACAGGCCCGUGCGGUGCAUGCUCGAUAGAGACGAAGAUAUGCAGAUGACGGGCACUAGACAUCCAUUCCUGAUAAAGUAUAAAGCAGCGGCAACUAAAGAAGGAAAAAUUGUUGGAGCUGUUGUCAAUAUUUAUAACAACGGAGGCUAUUCCACUGAUCUGUCAGGUCCAGUUGUCGAACGAGCAAUGUUCCAUUUUGAAAAUGCUUAUUACAUCCCAAAUUGUGAAGUGACCGGAUAUGUCUGUAGAACUAAUUUACCCUCAAAUACGGCUUUUCGAGGCUUCGGAGGUCCCCAAGGAAUGUUUGGUGCCGAAAAUAUGGUUAGAGAGAUAGCUCAUCGACUGGGAAAAUCUCCCGAGGAAAUAAGCAGACUAAACUUGUAUCGAGAAAAUAAUACUACACAUUAUGGACAAGUUCUGACAUAUUGUACGUUACAAAGAUGUUGGGACGAAUGUGUACAAAACUGUAAUUUAGCAGAAAGAAAAUUAAAAAUUAAAGAAUUCAACAAACAACAUAGAUGGAGAAAACGUGGUAUUUCGAUAAUACCAACAAAAUUCGGUAUCGCUUUUACGGAGAAACUUUUAAACCAAGCUGGUGCAUUGGUAUUAGUUUAUGUUGAUGGUUCAGUACUUCUAUCACACGGUGGUACUGAGAUGGGACAGGGCUUACAUACAAAGAUGAUACAAGUAGCUACUCGGGCUCUUGGUAUAGACGUUUCUAAAAUUCACAUCAGCGAAACAAGUACAGAUAAAGUCCCUAAUACUUCGGCAACAGCGGCUAGUGCCGGCUCAGAUUUGAACGGUAUGGCAGUACUAGAGGCUUGCGAGAAAAUAAUGAAGCGCCUAAAACCGUAUAUAGAUAAGAAUCCGGACGGGAAAUGGGAAAAUUGGGUAUCAGCUGCCUAUGUCGACCGUGUUAGCUUAUCCGCUACCGGCUUCCACGCUACACCGGAUAUAGGAUUCGAUUUCAAGACCACUUCGGGAAAACCGUUUAACUAUUUCACAUACGGUGUUGCUUGCACGGAAGUAGAAAUUGAUUGUCUUAGCGGUGACCACCAAGUCCUUAGAACGGAUAUUGUAAUGGACCUCGGUGAGAGUAUCAAUCCAGCGAUAGAUAUUGGCCAGAUUGAAGGCGGUUUCAUACAAGGCUACGGUUUGUUUACCAUAGAAGAAUUAAUUUAUUCACCCACCGGAACUUUAUAUUCGCGAGGGCCGGGUGCUUACAAAAUUCCUGGAUUUGGAUAUUCCUCUGAAUUCAACGUUUCAUUGUUAAAGGGUGCACCUAACCCUCGAGCAGUAUAUUCUUCUAAGGCCGUAGGAGAACCUCCGCUGUUCUUGGCUUCUUCAGCUUAUUUUGCGAUACAUGAAGCCAUUAAAGCUGCAAGAGCAGAUGCCGGAGUACCGCUCGAGUUCGACAUGGAGGCACCAGCAACAUCUGCUCGAAUUCGAAUGGCAUGUGAGGACCAUAUAACGAAGAAACUUGAUAAACCAGAUCCAAAUAGCUUUGUGCCGUGGAAUGUUGUCCCUUAACAAAAGAUUGAAAAAUUCACUACCUACUCAUUCGUAUACUAUUUGUAAGCUAUAUUGAAAUAUAUUAAAUAGAUAAUAUGUAACGA